UAUCCGUAUCCCACAAAUCCAUUGAUACAGUUGAAUACAUCCCUAGAUCUAACUCUCGUGGUCCAACGGCUGAGCCACCUUUGAACACAUUAAAUACCUUUGGUGGCCGAACCAACUCACUGUCCCCAAGUGAGUUUCCUGUUGACGAAUUUGCACGACCAAGUGCAAUGGACAUGCCUCAAAGGCAAACCAUAAAUGUCAUCCUGUGCCGUUAAGUUGAUUAACUUUGAAGUCAAGGCAGCAGCGCAUUUAGUGAAAGUCAGUUGCUAGCUCUUGCUCGGAGUAACAGAGGAACGGCUGAGCUUCUAAAAGUGGGGGUGAGUGCUCACUGGACGUGUUCAGCGAUAGCACAGCAAUGAGCACUCUCAUCUUCACCCUCAUCCUCAUCCUGUGUGCAUUCAUUGCAAGUCUCCAGACCAGUUUGGGAAUCACAAACCCUGAGGAUGCUGCUGCUCUGCGAUCUCUAAUGAGCGAGUGGCAGAACGUACCUCCAAGCUGGGGAACGACCGACGACCCUUGUGGAACGCCUUGGGAAGGUGUAUCAUGCAGCAAUUCUAGAGUCACCAUUCUGAAACUGUCAGCCAUGGGCAUCAAGGGUACACUGAGUGCAGACAUUGGUACGCUCAGCGCAUUGAAGACUUUGGAUCUAUCAUUCAACAGGGAGCUUGGUGGUCCACUAACUCAAAAUAUUGGAAACUUGAUGAAGCUGACCACCCUAAUCUUAGCUGGUUGCAGCUUUACUGGAAACAUCCCAGAUGAACUAGGAUCUCUACAAAUCCUCUCAUAUCUGGCUCUAAACUCAAAUCAGUUCACCGGCAAAAUCCCAGCUUCCACGGGCAUGCUCUCCAAUCUUUACUGGUUCGAUAUCGCAGAUAACCAGAUCAGUGGACCUCUACCAGUCUCCAACGAAAGAGAACCAGGAUUGGACCUGCUUCACCACACCAAACAUUUUCAUUUCAACAAAAAUCAAUUAUCUGGUUCCAUCCCAGAAAAGCUCUUCAGCUCAAACAUGACACUGUUACAUGUACUUUUUGAUGGAAACAGAUUAACUGGAGGAAUCCCAGAUUCCCUAGGUCUAGUCAAAACCAUUCAGGUUCUACGAUUGGACAGAAAUUCCCUAAGUGGACCAGUCCCAUCCAAUAUCAACAAUCUUACAAACAUCAACGAACUAAACCUAGCAAAUAACAAGUUGACGGGGUCAAUACCAAAUCUAAGUGGAAUGGAUAGCCUCAACUAUGUGGAUUUGAGCAACAACAGCUUUGAUAUCUCAGAAAGCCCAAUUUGGUUCUCGGAGCUCCAAUCACUCACUGCAUUAGUGAUACAAUCAGGACGGCUUUAUGGAAAGGUACCAGAAACCCUGUUCAGCUUCCCUCAGUUGCAGCAAGUGAUACUAGAUUUCAAUGAUUUUAGUGGCAUCCUUGAACUGGGCAUGUCUGUCAGCCAGCAACUACAACUCGUGAGCUUCAAAAAUAAUAAUCUCACAGGAGUCGAAUUGACACCCAAUUACACUAAAUCCUUGAUACUCGUAGGGAAUCCAGUUUGCGAUCAAUAUCCAACUACAAACUUCUGCACUCUUCGCCAGCAGCCGGCAGUUCCUUACUCGACCAGUCUUGGCAAUUGCGUGGGGAACUUAUGCCCCUCAAAUCAGAGUCCUAAUCCUCAGAGUUGCAUUUGUGCCUAUCCAUUUCAGGGAGUGAUGUACUUCAGAGCACCUCGUUUCCGAGAUGUGGGGAACAGAAUGCUGUUCCAACAACUCGAAAGUGAAUUGUGGACUAAACUUGGUCUGACACCUGGAUCAGUGUUCCUGCAAAAUCCAUUUUUCGACAGUGACUCUUAUAUGCAGUUACAACUUAAACUUUUCCCAUCCAAUGGAAUGUACUUCAAUAGGUCCGAGGUCCGACAGAUUGGGUUCGAUUUGAGCAAUCAAACAUUCAAGCCUCCACCAAUGUUUGGACCUUACUAUUUCAUUGCAUCCCCAUAUCCUUUUCCAGCCAUUGAAGGAAGAUCCACAAUGAGUGUUGGACUGAAAGUUGGAAUAGCAGCUGGUUGUGCACUGCUGGUCAUUGGACUUAUUGUUGUGACCAUCUAUGCCUUGAGACAAAGAAGACGUGCUGAAAGGGCCAUUGAACGAAGCAAACCUUUCGCAUCAUGGACACGCAACGGAGAUGAAAGCAGUGAGGCACCACAACUGAAGGGAGCAAGAUGGUUCUCUUAUGAAGAACUGAAAAGAUGUACUAAUAACUUUUCUGUAUCUAAUGAGGUUGGUUCUGGAGGUUAUGGAAAGGUCUAUAGAGGAAUGCUUCCAGGUGGACAGAUAGUUGCAAUCAAGAGGGCACAACAAGGAUCAACACAAGGUGCUGUUGAAUUCAAGACUGAGAUUGAGUUGCUGUCAAGAGUUCAUCACAAAAACUUAGUAUCACUAGUGGGUUUCUGCUUCGAUCAAGGGGAGCAGAUGUUGGUAUAUGAAUUCAUUCCAAAUGGAACACUAAGAGAGAGCCUCUCUGGGAAAAGUGGGAUACUGCUUGAUUGGAGGAGGAGGCUGCGAAUUGCACUUGGUUCGGCAAGAGGAUUGGCAUAUCUUCAUGAACUAGCUGAUCCUCCAAUCAUACACAGGGAUGUUAAGUCAAGUAACAUCCUGUUAGAUGAACACUUAAACGCAAAGGUUGCAGAUUUUGGCCUUUCAAAGUUGAUGUCGGACACUGAAAAGGGCCAUGUCUCUACUCAAGUCAAAGGAACCCUGGGCUACCUUGAUCCUGAAUACUACAUGACACAACAAUUGACGGACAAAAGUGACGUUUACAGCUUCGGAGUGGUGAUGCUGGAGAUGGUAACUGCUAAGCAACCAAUUGAGAAAGGGAAGUACAUUGUUCGUGAGGUGAAGAUGGCAAUAGAUGCUAAUGAUGAAGAAUUUUAUGGCCUAAAGGAGUUGAUGGAUCCUGUAAUUCAAAUUGCAGCAAGUAAUCUCAUAGCAUUCAGGAAAUUCAUAGAGUUGGCACUGAGGUGCCUAGAAGAAUUAGCUGUAGGUCGUCCGACCAUGAGUGACAUAGUGAAGGAGAUAGAGAUGAUGUUGCAUGAUGAUGGUCUAAGCACAAUCUCUCAGUCAGCAUCUUCAUCUGCCACAGACAUGGGGAAUUCAAAAGGCAUUCGCUGUCAUCCUUACAUUUCUGGCCCAAAAAAGGAUGUGAGUGAGGAUGCCUUCGAAUACAGUGGUGGCUACUCAUUCUCUGGAAAACUCGAACCAAAGUGACAAGGCAACUCCUUGAAGAUUAUCUAAUCUAUAUACGGAUUAUGGUCAGUACAAUGUUUUCGAUGGUAUCUGUGUGUACAACUGUAAAAGGAAAAAAAAAAGUUUUCUAGGUUGGGAAGGGAUUACAUUAAGAACUAUUAUUUCUCUUACAAA